AUGGAGCUGAGACCUGACACCAGCCACAAGGAGAAUGUGCCCCCCAGGCCGGCCACCCCCCUGAGGCCAGAGCAAUGGAGACUCCGGAAGAGCCUGGCCAGUACACAUGGCCAGUGGGUGCCCGUGGGCCAGGCCGGGAGCAGGGGGGCUGCCACCACACCAUCCCCGGGGGCAGCACUGUGCCAGGAGCCCUGCCGAGUCCAGAGCAACCUGACCAGCCCCAGCCUGGGCCUCGCCCUGAGGGACACGCCCGAGCUGACCAACUCAAGCUUCCGACAGCAGAGCAACUUGCAAGCCCUGGCCGGGAGGCCCCAAAGAAGAGCCCAGGCGUUUGCCAUCCAGCAGAGCGACCUGAGCGUCAGGGAGACGAGCGAAAGCUUCUGGCCGCACAGGAUGCCCGGGGGAAGCCCUCUACCCCGAGGGCCACUGGCUUCCCCAGCCUCCCGCCCGAGGUGGUCCCGGCUGCUGUCCACCAAUACCCCCUGCCCAGACAUUGGGCCUGCUGCAGGCCUGGGCCCGCUCGAAGGGCACACACGGCCAGAGCCCAGAUCCCAGUGUGGCCUGGGGGGCUGGACCUCCAGGCUCGUGGGGGAAUGCCUCACCCUGGAGGACCUGGCUGCCCCUGCCCAGAGCCGGACUCGGGCUCCGUCCCAAGUUGCCAUUCACCAGCUGCUGGCCUCUGUGCAACGCCUGGAGCGUGAGGCAGUCCGUCUCAGGUGCCAGGCAUCCUGGGAACCCCCAGGCCCUGUGCAGCAGGAGUCCUGGACCAGAGCUGGCCAGAUACUCCCUGCUCACCCCCAGCCCAGCCAGCCUGUUCUUGCUUCCUAGGAUGAGAGGAGGAAACAUUCCCAAGGUUUCAGGGAAACUGCAGGUUUCCCGGAAGCACCGGGGGUCCAGGAUGGUCUCUCAGACUCUCAGGCAAGCAGCAAGUCUGCAUCACUGGAGACUGCUUUGGAGAUGCUUCCCGGGGUUGCCCUUGACCCUGAGCAAGGGGUCCUUCCUGCCCACCCUGUAAGACGAGGAGAGAAGUGCUCCCCAGGGACUACAUACGGCAGGGGACAGAGGGAGGACCUGCUCCCUCAAGGGGCGGGCAGCAGGGAGGCCAGACUCUGCUCUUCAGCCUCGUCCAGUUCAGCCCGGGGCAUCCUCCCUGGGCGGGAAGGAGGGGACAGGACCCCGUGGGAGCAGGAGCUCUCCUGUCUGGGAUUUCCAAGGCUAGCCCUCCAUAGAGGGAAGUUCUCCCGGGGUGCAGCCAGCUCUCCUGCCGCAGCGUGGAGCAUCACCCUCCAUGCUGGAAAGGCGACGCGGGUGCUGCUGAGCCCCCAGCUCUCCCUGGGACUGGGGACCGGGCCCAUCCCCUGGUCAGCCUGGUCUGUCCCCAGCCGGCAGUGGCUGUCCAGAUGUUUCAGAGCGUGGCGGCACUGGGUGCAGAGGCGGCGGGCAGUGGCAGCAGCCAUGGCGCUGGGCUGCCGGCAGCUGUUGCGCAGGGGCCUACGGGCGCCGCGGUGGCACUGGCUCCAGGAGGCCCAGCUGGCGGCGGCGUGGGGACAACACACGCAGGCCCUGCUGGCGCGGACCUUCCAAAAGGUUAGGGGCCUCCAGGUUGGACCGUGGGGGGGUGAUGAAGUGCCCGUGUGUCUGGGGAGGAGGCUCUCCUGGGGCGCAGAUGGAGGAGACAGGGGAGUCCAGAUCCUGCAGGCUCUGCAACAGCUGGCUGUCUUCCUCCUGUGGUGCCGUCAGAAGGAACGGGCAGGAGAAGGGGGCCCCCCCCAGGCCUGGUGCUCUCCUGUUGCAGAUGCAGCCUGGGUGUCCCCACUGGACACCCGGCGCCAGAGGGCCUGGCUCUGCAGGUGCUUUGGGGCCUGGCAGCGGUUCGCGCAAGGAGGGACCCGGUACCGGGACCACAUGGCCGCGCGGGCAGGGACCCUGAGGAUGUGCCUGCAGCAGUGGGUGCAGACGAAGCAGCUCCAGGCCUCAGAUGGGGCGAAGGUGACCCAGCCGCCCCUUUGUUGGCGGGAGGCAGGGAACAUGGCCCUCCCCAGCUCAGCCCCUGGGGGGGCCACAGCCCACGGCCUGGGGGUGGUGGCCCAGGCCCAGGCGCUGCCCCGGGAGCAAGGCCGGCGCUCCUUGCAGGAAGCCGGCCGGAGGCUGGCCCUCCACCGGGUGCUGCUGCUCUGGAGGACGCAGCUCUCCCAGCGCCAGCGGGCGGACUCCUUCUUCGAGGGCGUGCAGCAGUGGGUGCUGCGUCACAGCCUGAGGGGUUGGCGCCUGAGGGCGCGGGAUCCGGGCAGCGCCAGGACCACCUUGGCCCCAGCGGUUCUGGGCGGUGUCCUGGGAGGAAAGGCCCUGCCGGGCUGCAGGACACCCCGCAGCUCCCUGGAGCAGGCUUCCCGGGCCCCCGCCCUCCUGGAGGUGUUCCGGGUGAGCUUUCUGUGGGCAGCUGGGCAGCAGCAGCAGGGGCGGCACCUUCUGCUCUGGCAGGCGCAAGCCCAGCAGUCCCGGGGCGUGGCAAGGUGGCAUCAGCGCACCCUUCAGAGGCGCAUCCUCCUUGGCUGGAGCCACUGGGCAACAGCCCAGGGGGCCAGGAGAGAGCUGGCUGCCCGCCGGGCCUGGGAUCAGAGCUGCAGGGCCGUGCUGGGCCUGUGGCGGCAGCAGCUGGUGCAGCAGCAGGAGACGGAACAGUGGGCCCGGGUGGGAUGGGGACAGCAGCGACGUGCACUGGGUCACUGGCACUGCUGCUGGCAGAGUUUGGGUGGCAGAGCAGGACCGGGGGGCGUGGACGCUCAGCUCCUGCGUGAAAAGUACCAGCGGUGUGUGCGGGCCCGCCUCCAGGGCCUGCGCAGGGCCGUGUUCCGGGGCUGGCAGGAGGCAGCAGCUUGUCAGGGACCCACGGCGGCCGGUCCAGAGCAGCUCCUACUGCAGAGCCGCUUCCAGGCCUGGUGUGGAGUAGCGAGAGGCACAGGGAUGCCCCGGGCCAAGGGUCCAGCCUUCCAGGAUGGCCUGAGGAGAUGGGCACCAGGGGCCACAUUUGCCAGUGAAGCCCCAGAAGCUGCAGCCCGGCCUCAGGAGCAGCGCGUGGCCCAGGCCUCCUUCUCCUGCUGGAGAAGCCAAGAACAGGGACGCCAGGUGGACAGCAAGCUGAGGAGGGCCGGGCCCAGCCGGCCUCCGUUGCAAGGCAAGUGGCCCCGGGCCAGUGCUGAGGAAGUACCUGCAGCGCUGGCGCCUUGAGGCACUGCUUCGCCGGCUCCGGGGUUCCCUGCAGGCCGCCCGGGCAGCGGCGUGGCAGCGCUGGGUAGAUGCUCAGGGGACAGAGCAGCUGGCGCCCACACUGGCGACUGCCGCUCACACCGCCUGCGUUGGGUGUGGGUCGCUGAGCGCCGCCCCCUGAUGUGCACUCAGAACCCAGCUUCCCUGAUCGCAGGCCUGUGCGUCUGGCCCAGGGCAGAGGGAAGGACCUCCUCUUCCCUCGGGGGCAGAAGGAGCUGGGCCCCCGGAGUUCCUCCAGCACUGACAGCACACACCCAGGAGGGAGCCAAAGAGCUUCCUGCUCCCCGAUUCCAGGCCUUUGAAACACGGCACCAGCGUCUGGCAGCCAGGGGCCUGAGGGGCAGAGCCAGCAGCAGUGGGAGGCCUCGGAGCAGGCAGAAAGCCACCAGAGCCCCUGUGCUUGGUGGACUUGGGGUGAAGCAGGGGGCCCAGCAGCAGCUGUGACCCGUUCCCCUGGAAAGGAAAGCAGA